UCGUCUAAGUAUCUUUUACACUUGACCAACUUAUGUAAUCUGAUUUCGCGUAUGUUCUCGAAAGUGUAUCCAGCAUGGUAUCCUUUAGCGGAAGCCUUCGAUAUUGGACGUCACAUCCAAAUCUGCUUCGUUCGACGCAAGAGUCCGCUGGAACUCAGGAGAAUUUUCAUAAUGGCGGAUGCGAUUCCGGUCGACGCUGUGACCCCCGCGCCCACGGCGGCGCCUCUCGAGUGGCCUGAGAACAUGACCACCACCCAGGGUGUCAUCAUCGCUGUGCUUCCCUUCGCUGCGCUCAUCUUGUGCUACGUCAUGCUGCGCAUCGUGUGGCGCGUGCCCACGCCGCUUCCUGUACGCGCGCCUGUGCCUUCGUACGGCGCCACAGGUGAGCAGCUGCAGCCUAUCACCGCCGUUAAGACGUCGCUGGUCGAAGAGGGAGAAGUGGCUGGAGACUACGAGGAACACUGGUACAACACGUUCGACUUCGCCUUCCUGGUCGGCAUGGCCGUGUACGCUGGCGUGAUGCUAGUCCUGACUUUCUUCUACGAGCCGCAGUGGCUGCAUGAGACGAGAUUCUGGACGAUGCAGUUGCCUAAGCUUGUAGUCAUGAUGGUUGUGUCGCUCUUCGGUGGAAUCAUCUGCCGCUGCUUCUGCGAUGUCGACGAGAAGGGCUACAUCAUGACCAACAAGUCGUCCAAGUUCAAAGUCAACUACACACGUAAGCUGCAGCACUUUGCCGCCUACAUGGUGCCGCUUGUUAUUAAGUCCGAGUACUCUGGCCCGAUCGCUCUGGCGUGGGGCGACUUCUUCACCAUGAUGGGAUUCCUCGUGCUCAUCAAGCCCAUCCGUGAGCACUCGAAGUUCUUCAUGCUGCAGUUCAACUCGCUGGAUCGUCCGGAGGACCGCCCCAACACGCUCAAGUGGAUCAUCGUGGGCAACAUCGCUCCGGGCAUGUUCAUCCUGAUGUUCUUCAAGUGGCUGUUCGCUGCUCAGGGAGCUCUGACGUUCAUCCUCGUGUUCAUCACGGGCAUCGGCGACGGUCUGGCGGAGCCUGUGGGUAUCACGUGGGGUCGCCACAAGUACAAGACGCGUAGCUGCUUCUCGAAGAACAAGUACACCCGUAGCUGGGAGGGCAGCGCGUGCGUGUUCCUGUCUGGCCUGGUGUUCCCUGCUCUGCAAUACGAUGCGUUCGACAACUUCUGGCAGGUGCUGCUGUCGAUGCUGAUCCUGGCACCGACGAUGGCGUACGCAGAGGCGACUGCUCCGCACACGAUGGACACACCGGUGCUGAUGACCGGUUGCGGUGUGAUUCUGUACGCCAUCGUCAACCUAGUCUAGGCGCUGUCGCGACAUUUAGAGGAGAGAGCCAUCGUGCGCCACCCUUUUAACCCUUUUAAACACUGUUUGAACCAAGUCUACCCAUUAAAUCGUUGUUGUUAGAUGCCACGAGACCUCCAGUUGCAACUGUCGAAGUCGUCGUCGGAGUCUUCAAUGUCCGAGUGCUUUUUCUUUGCCUUCUUGUGUUUCUUUUUGUACUCGCUCAGCACGGCAUUCGUACCUUCCGUCUCGUCGUCUUCUUUGACCACAUCAGAAGCAGUGUCCAGCUUCCUUUUCUCUGUUUUAGGCUUAUUGUUGCCGCUGCGAAGGCUAGUUGCACGCUCCAGCGCCACGCGGUAUCUGUCCACGUACUCCAUGUUCUCGAGCUGCUCGACGGCCUCACGCUCCUUGGUCUCGUCAGCCUGGACCGACUGCUGCUCCACCUCGGCUGCGAAGUCCAGGAAUGCCUCCCACUCGGACUCAAGUUGCUUCUCUGCCAGCUGCUUCACGUCCACAUUGCGGGCCUUGGCGUCGG